UAUUUUUUAUUUCAGAGGGUCAAUGGUUUUAAUUCCCCGGAAAUUUCGUUUCCUGGAGAAUUCAAUUCCUUAACCCUCAAAAUUUUGAAAUCCAGGAAAACCGGGUUCGAAUUCUGAUUUGAAAUUUGAAAUUCGUGUUUGUAUCGUAAUUUUAAUGGCGACGAGGAACCGGACCGUAGUGUAUAGAAGGCACAGAGACGCGGUAAAGAGCGUGCGAGCUCCGUUGUUUUCGUCGGCGUCCGGUUCCGGCGGUCCGGUGAUCGAAAUGGCUUCGCUUCUUGGUUCUAAUCGGUCUUCUUAUGCUCCUCUUAGCACCGAAGAUCCAGGUCCAUCAAGUAGGGAUGCAUUUACUGUGGGUCUACCACCAUCUUGGGUUGAUGAUUCUGAACAAGUGGCUGCAAAUAUACAACGUGCUCGGGCCAAAAUGGCUGAGUUAGUCAAGGCUCAUGCCAAGGCUUUAAUGCCCUCAUUUGAAGAUGGCAAAGAAGAUCAACAUCUAAUUGAGGCUCUUACCCAAGAGAUUACAGAUAUAUUGAGGAGGUCUGAGAAGAGAUUACAGAAACUUUCUGCAAGUGGAUCUGCUGAGGACUCAAAUGUUAGAAAAAAUGUACAGCUCCUUUGGGCUCAUGUGUUUGGAAUACUUCCCAUUCAGUCAAGUUGCAUCUCCUUUGGCUUGCUUAAUAGAAUCCUUACUUGCAAAAUGCGUUCUCUUGCAACAGACCUGCAGAAUCUUUCUGUGGACCUACGGAGAAAACAGUCAACAUAUUUGAAACGUCUGCAGCAGCAAAAGGAGGGACCUGAUGGGGUUGAUUUGGAGAUGAACUUGAACGGAAAUAAAUCCAGAUUAGAAGAUGACGAAUUUAGUGAUGUGGGUUUUAAUGAGCAGCAAACGGUUAAGAUAAAAAAGGGUCAGCAGGAAAGAGAAAGGGAGAUCAACCAGGUUGUGCAAUCAGUGAACGAGCUAGCUCAAAUAAUGAAGGACCUGUCAGUUCUUGUUAUAGAUCAGGGCACAAUUGUUGAUCGCAUAGACUACAACAUUCAGACUGUUGCUGUAUCAGUUGAUGAGGGUCUUAAACAGCUCCAGAAGGCAGAGAGAACACAGAAGAAAGGUGGAAUGGUGAGGUGUGCGACGGUGCUUGUUAUUAUGUGCUUCAUCAUGCUAGUCCUUCUGAUACUCAAGGAGAUACUCUUCUGAUCAUGAUAGUGUAGCCUGUUAGUUAUGUCGAUACCAGAGGAAAAAAAGAAGAUAAGGUAAACUGAUUGCGAAAUACUUUUGAGAUAGAUUGGAGCUUUUGUAACUAGUACAUUGAUAAGAAUGUUGCGGAGAGGCACGUCACUCACAUUGUGAGGACAUUUGUAUCAACUCCAUGCAAAAAGUUCAAAGUUCAAAUUAAUGAAAAGUCGAAGGCAUUUUGCGAUUUGCGAGUGCAUUUGUAA